GGCCGUGUGGCUGCUUCCCAUUUAUCCUGGUUAGCAUCAAAGCAAACAAGCCGCACCAGUCAACCAUCCGAAGCAUCCUCAUCUCCAGGCUUUCUAAAGGCCUCAAAGAGAGACAAUCUUUUUGUUUUGGGUCUAUUUGAACGCUCCUGUUCUGCCUUGCCACUGUCGCCGAAGCCAAACCGAACGUUCCUCGCAGCUGAACUGUCAACAUGGGUCAGAACCAGUCUGGUAUGGGCCCAGGCCAGGAUGGCCGCGACGAGAAGGAUAAGAAGAAGGACAAGCCCAAGUAUGAACCCCCACCAAAGCCUACCAUGCGCGUUGGCCGCAAAAAGAGAAAGCAGGGUGGUACCAGCGCUGCCGCCAAGCUUCCCGCCAUCUACCCCAGCCAGCGCUGCAAGCUCCGCCUCUUGCGGAUGCAGCGCAUACACGACCAUUUGCUCCUCGAGGAGGAGUACGUCGAGAACCAGGAACGUCUCCGCAAGGCAAAGGCGGCAAAGGACAGCUCUGCUCCUGCCGCUGCUGACGACCACGCCGAUGACCGUAACGCCGACGAGCGUGGCCGUGUCGACGAUAUGAGGGGAAGUCCCAUGGGUGUCGGCACCCUCGAGGAGAUGAUCGACGACGACCACGCCAUCGUAUCCAGCACUACCGGCCCCGAAUACUACGUCAGCAUCAUGAGCUUUGUCGACAAGGACCUUCUCGAGCCCGGCGCUAGCGUCCUGCUGCACCACAAGAGCGUCAGCAUCGUGGGUGUCCUGACGGACGAUACGGACCCUGCCGUCAGCGUCAUGAAACUGGACAAGGCCCCGACCGAGUCAUAUGCGGACAUUGGCGGCCUGGAGCAGCAGAUCCAGGAGGUCAGGGAGUCGGUCGAGCUGCCCCUGCUGCACCCGGAGCUGUACGAGGAGAUGGGCAUCAAACCGCCCAAGGGCGUUAUUCUCUACGGCGCUCCAGGUACUGGAAAAACUCUCUUGGCCAAAGCCGUGGCAAAUCAGACGUCUGCAACCUUCCUGCGCAUUGUUGGCUCCGAGCUGAUCCAGAAGUAUCUCGGUGACGGGCCCCGCCUGGUCCGCCAGCUCUUCCAGGCAAAGAACGCUCCGUCGAUUGUCUUCAUUGACGAGAUUGAUGCUAUCGGCACAAAGCGUUACGAGUCUACGUCGGGUGGCGAGCGAGAGGUGCAGCGGACCAUGCUUGAGCUUCUCAACCAGCUGGACGGCUUCGAUGAUCGCGGCGACGUCAAGGUCAUCAUGGCAACCAACAAGAUCGAGACGCUGGAUCCUGCCCUGAUUAGGCCUGGCCGAAUCGACCGAAAGAUUCUCUUUGAGCCUCCAGACCAGAACACGAAGCGCAAGAUCUUCAACUUGCACACGUCCAAGAUGAACCUCAAUGAAGACGUGGAACUAGAGGAAUUCAUCGCGCAGAAGGAUGAUCUCUCUGGCGCCGAUAUCAAGGCCAUCUGCUCCGAGGCUGGCUUAUUGGCACUGCGAGAGAGACGUAUGCGGGUGCAGAUGUCCGACUUCCGGUCUGCACGUGAGAGAGUGCUCCGGACGAAGCAGGAAGGCGAACCCGAGGGAUUGUAUUUGUAG